ACUGACUUAUUUUCACCUUUUACAUCACUUUUUACCAGUUUAAUCCAACCAAUCGUGUUAACCAAAAAAACUGAUCAUUUUCUGGUUUCCUUUGUUUCUCAUUUACCCUUUUGUUUUCUUUGCUGUUGCACCGAGUUUUUUGUCAAGUCUUUCAUAUCAUUUUGAUGUUCAACUUUAUUCGUUUCAUUUAACUGUUUACCCUUUUCAUGAUUGUGAAUUAAUGUUCAUUUGUGUUUCCUGUUAUCAUUUUUUGUGCUCAUCUCAGUCAAUUUUAUCAAUAUCAAGCAACAACCAGCCAUCAUCAUCAACAUAACUUUUGUUUUCUUUCCUCUUCUCCAUCUUUAUUCAUCCCUUCAAUACUCGUUUUUUACUUUCUCCUCUUUUUUUCUCUUUUUUUGCUCAACCUUUUCUUCCUCUUUCAUUGCUCAUCCUUGUUUCUAUCUCUUUCAUCCUCUCUUUCUUUCUCCACCUCCAUUUCCCUAUAAUCCCUUGAUUCCAUCUUCCCUUUUCACAUCAUUUUGAUGAAAAAAGUUUAGAAAUAAAAAAAGGUUUCUAUCCUUUUUUUUCCUCCUGUCUUCCUUUUUUUCCUCUUUCUUUUUUUACCAUGCUCUUUUACCAGGUCAUCUCUUCCAUUUUCAUCCUUCAUCUCCAUUUUAUCUUCAUCUUUAUUCUCUCUGACCAUCACACAAUCUACCAUCAAUGAUAACAUUAUGUUUCAAUGAAGCGCUACUUUCAACUCAACACUGCCCAUUGCCCAUUACCCAGUGACCAGUCAAUGGUGAUUCUUCAAUCGCAAGUUGCGCAUCACAGUGAUGCCGUUUUCAAUAAAAUCAUCCAGUGCGGAUGAUUUUUGUCCAUCAUCACCAACAACAACACCUUUACGCCUUACUACCUCAACUGCAUCAAAUGUUCACCACCAUAAUCAUCACCACAGUCAUCACCGUCAUUCGCAUCUUCAUCAUCGAAGUUCUCCACAGGAUUAUCAUGUAGAUGAUGAUACUUACCCACAUGGUGAUAAAUCCUCUGUUUUUAAUUGUUCCCCGGGGAAAAGCAAGACAACAUCACCGACAACAUCUUCUUCAUCAAAUUCAUCAACAUCCUCAACCAUUGUUGCAACAACAACCGGAUUAGACGAAGAAGACGAAGAAACAAAUAUUGAGAUCAAGAAAAAAUCAACAUCAAGUUCGAAGGCAACAUCAUCUUCCUUGAAAUUAGCAUCAAAAUCAACACCUUCAUCAUCUACCUCACAUCCCAUCCAAUCAUCAAAAGUACCUUCUCACUCAAUUGAAAAUCAUAAUAUCAAAUCGCCGAUAUCAAAGAGCAAUACAAUUAAUAAUAGCAAAAAUCAUAAUAAUGGCCUUGGACGUGAAUCUUUAUCAAAUGAACCUGAUGCUGUUGUUGUUGCUAGCCUAGGAAUUGGUGAUUUAAGUGUCAGUGGAAGUGGAGUUAAUAGUAGUAGUAGUAAUAAUAAUAGUAAUAAUAAUUCAUUAAUACUGGCAGGUAAUCGUGAUAAACCGUUUCAAUGCACAAUUUGUCACAAAUCCUUUGGUUAUAAACAUGUUUUACAAAAUCAUGAACGGACUCACACUGGAGAAAAGCCUUUCCAAUGUCGUGAAUGUCAAAAAAAGUUUACUCGAGAUCAUCAUCUUAAGACCCAUAUGAGACUCCAUACCGGUGAGAAGCCAUAUCAAUGUGAACAUUGUAAUAAACUUUUUGUCCAAGUUGCCAACCUUCGUCGACACCUUCGUACUCAUACAGGUGAACGUCCUUAUGCUUGUGAUGCUUGUGAAUCCAAGUUUUCUGAUUCUAAUCAAUUGAAAGCUCAUAAACUGAUACACAAAGGUGAGAAACCAUAUACAUGUGAAAAGUGCCUUGGAAAAUUUCGCCGUCGACAUCACUUAAAUCACCAUAAAUGUCCAAAAGAUGAAGCCAAUUUAGGUAAACCAAGAAGAGGUCGAAGACCCAAAGCAUAUGAUCAUGGAUCUAUUGGAGCAUCAUCACCUUCACCAUCGACUGUACAUCAUCUUUUGGGUUCAAACGCAGCAUCUUUAUUAACUCCCAUUGUAACACCUAUGUCAACAUCAGUUGUUUCCUCGAUCCAGAAUAUUAAUAUCAAUAUAAAUAAUAAUAAUAAUAUAAGUAAUAACAUCACAAAUCUAAAUAACGACAAGUCUAACCCCAACAUUAAUCGACCAGGAUCAGUCCAUUCAAUUUCUGGUUCAUUAACGGGAGAUGAAACAGCUUCACAUGGCUCAGCUCAUUCACCGGCUACAGCAACAGUUUCUUCAUCACAAGUCUCAUCCAUAUCAUCAACAAACGCAUCAUCCUUCCUUUUCCCGCAUCUUCUUAGUGGACCAAGUGGACACCUUAAUUUGUUAUCUUCAAAUAAUCGUUCAAAUUCAAUUCCGCCAGCAGCUCAUUCGGGUCAAAGAUUAUCUAGAGCUGAAAUUAUAAGUCAACUGCAACAACAGCAGCAACACCAACAAAGAGUACAAGAACGAACUCAAGAUCAAACACAGCAUCAACAAAAUGAUGCCUCCUCAAAAUCCCGGCGAAAGCCGACACAUCCUUUAAAAAUAAUGUCCAAAGGAGAUGAAGAUUAUUACAAUUACGACAACAAUUCAAUGCAAACUCAACCGCUCAACAUGUCUCGGUCACCAUCGACAUUUCCUAUGAACCUUUCUGGACAAAUUUCAAAUUUAAACAAUAACAACAACAACAACAACAAUAACAAUAAUAACAAUUACAAUCGAUCAAAACAAAUGUUAGAUGAUGAAGGCGAUGUUCUGGAUUUAUCUUCACGGUCUCGAAGUGAAGUUGAAUCUGAACUUGAAAAAAGCGACGAUGAAGAAGACGACGUUCGUGGCAUUGAUGAUCCAGAUGAUGACACUGACAGGGAAUUGAUACAGGAUGAAGAUGAUAACGAGGAUGAAUAUGAUUCAGACUCUCAUCAUCAUCGUUCUCGCCUGGAAUUUCGUUUAUCAGCUACGCAUGAUUUAAAUAUCCAUAAGAAUCGUCAAAGAGUAAAAACGCUAAGUGUUUCAAGAGGAUCAAAUGGAGUGCGUAAAAGGCCUUUCCCUCGAGAACCAAUUGUUUCGUUAAUUGGUUCAAAUACGUCAACAUCAGGACAGCCUAAUCUACCUCAUCACCACUCACAGCAUCAUCAUCGUCACCGUCGUCUUCCUCUUGACAUAGUAACUCCACCAAGUGAGACUGCUUCAUCAUCAACGUACCGAUCAUUGACUGCAAGUUAUAAUCUAUCUCCAUAUUUAAAAUCAAAUGAAAAUCUCAAUGAAAAGAACUACCUCAAGUUUUUCAAUCGCAAGCUACGCAUCACAGUGAUGCCGUUUUCAACAAAAUCAUCCAGUGCGGAUAGUGGAGUUAAUAGUAGCAGUUCUACUAAUAAUUCAUUGAUACUGGAAAGUAAUCGCGAUAAACCGUUUCAAUGUACAAUUUGUAACAAAUCCUUUGGUUAUAAACAUGUUUUACAAAACCAUGAACGGACUCACACUGGAGAAAAGCCUUUCCAAUGUCGUGAAUGUCAAAAAAAGUUUACUCGAGAUCAUCAUCUUAAGACCCAUAUGAGACUCCAUACCGGUGAGAAGCCAUAUCAAUGUGAACAUUGUAAUAAACUUUUUGUCCAAGUUGCCAACCUUCGUCGACACCUUCGUACUCAUACAGGUGAACGUCCUUAUGCUUGUGAUGCUUGUGAAUCCAAGUUUUCUGAUUCUAAUCAAUUGAAAGCUCAUAAACUGAUACACAAAGGUGAGAAACCAUAUACAUGUGAAAAGUGCCUUGGAAAAUUUCGCCGUCGACAUCACUUAAAUCACCACAAAUGUCCAAAAGAUGAAGCCAAUUUAGGUAAACCAAGAAGAGGUCGAAGACCCAAAGCAUAUGAUCAUGGAUCCAUCGGAGUAUCUUCACCUUCACCAUCGACUGUACAUCAUUCUGUGAAUUUAAACGCUGCAAAUACUAGUAUAUUUAAUCCUGUUAUAUCACCUAUGUCAACAUCAACUGUUUCCUCGAUCCAGAAUAUUAAUCUCACAAAUCUUAAUAACGACAAAUCUAACCUCAACAUUAAUCGACCAGGAUCAGUCCAUUCAGUUUCUGGCUCAUUAACCGAAGAUGAAUUGACUUUACGUUUCGCAGCUCGUUCACCGGCUACAUCGACAGUCUCUUCCUCACAAGUCUCCUCCAUAUCAUCAACAAACACGUCUUCCUUGAUUUUCCCGCACCUAUUUAGUGGACCAAGUGGACACCUUAGUCUGUUAUCUUCAAAUAAUUUUUUUCCUCCAGCAGCUCAUUCAAGUCAAAGGUUAUCUAGUGCUGAAAUUAUAAGUCAAUUAGAACACCAACAAAGAGUAAAAGACCUAAACCGAAAUCAAACUCAACAACAACAAAAUGAUGUUUCCUCAAAAUCCAGGCGAAAGCCAACACAUCCUUUAAAAAUAAUGUCCAAAGGAGAUGAAGAUUAUUACAAUUACGGAAACAAUUCAAUGCAAACUCAACCGCUCAACAUGUCUCGGUCACCAUCGACAUUUCCUAUGAACCUUUCUGGACAAAUUUCCCAAUCGAACCACAUUAUUUCUUACAAAAACUUCCAGCUAUCAAAACAAAUCUUAGAUAAUGAAGGCGAUGUUCUGGAUUUAUCUUCGCGGUCUCGAAGUGAAGUUGAAUCUGAACUUGAAAAAAGCGACGAUGAAGAAGACGACGUUCGUGGCAUUGAUGAUCCAGAUGAUGACACUGACAGGGAAUUGAUACAGGAUGAAGACGAUAACGAGGAUGAAUAUGAUUCAGAUUCUCAUCAUCAUCGUUCUUGCCUAGAAUUUCAUUUAUCGUCUACGCGUGAUUCGCAUAAAACAUCAGGACAACCUAAUCUACCUCAUAACCACGCACAACAUCAUCGUCAAUGUCGUCUUCCUCUUGACAUCGUAACUCCACCAAGUGAUUCAGCUUCGUCAUCGACGCACCCAUCAUUGACUGCAAGUUCAAAUCUAACUCCUUAUUUAAAAUCAAAUGAAGAUUUCAACGCAAAUAACUAUUCAAGGUUCAUUAAUUAACUAAUUGUUUAAAAACGAUCUCUCUUCUUUUCUUACUCUUUCUACCUCUUUCUUUCUCAUGAAUAAAUCAAACGGGCUAAUGAUAAUUCGAUUCUAAUUUUUUAAAAUAAUAAAGAUAGUAUUU